AUGAAUCCAUCACUCGUAUCACUAGCAAAAGAAUUAAGUCGAAUAUCACCCGAUUUAUUACCAGAAAAAUUUUUGUCAUUAGAGAACUUGUUACAAAAGUCAAAUGAACAAAUUCAAAACGAUCUCAAACAGGAAAUAAUUUCACUUGAAAUCCUUCCCGUAUUAUUACUUACUCUUCGUCAAGAUUUUACAAGAAUCUCAGAUGGAUGGCGCUUAGCAUCAAUGAAUUUCUCUUGUAUGUGCGUUGACAUGGGAUCAUCAAAAAACAAAAAACAAAAUCGUAAUGAAAAUUCAUUAUUCUAUAACAAAUAUAUUCCACAAGGCAUCGACAGCUUUCUUUUACUUGCUCGACAUCUACAAGAUAGAUUAUAUCAAGAAAGAAAAGCUGAUAUGAAAAACACUUAUCUUGUUUAUAUACGAUCUGUUUUAAAUAAUCUACUCGAACUGUUGGCUUAUCAUUCUAAUUUACCAUUAAUUAAACAAGGUAGAAAAAUAAAUGGAACAAGUGUAUUUGGUGAAUUAAGUCCCAAACUUAAACAGGAUUAUGUUAAUGAAAUGGCUUAUAAAUUAACAGUAUUUGAUAACAAUGAUAUUGGUCGAGCAGCAAUUCGAACAUUAUUAAUCGUAUGUGAAACGGAUUCAACUGUUGUUUCAAUAUUAGCUGAAAAAUUCAAAGGACUGCCAACUGCUUUACAACGAUGGCAAGGACGCGGAUUUGGAAUGGAUCUUCAAGAUUUAUUGGCCAUGCUUAGAAAACGUGGUACACCAUACUCAAAAGACACACAAAGGAGUGAUUAUGCAGCUACACGUAUUCAAGCUCUUUGGCGUGGAUAUCUUGUACGAAAAAAGUUAACCAAAGCAAGCAAAUCAUUUCGAAAUUUUCAUAUGAGCUUUAGAAAACGCAAGAUGCGUGAAGCACAGGCCAAAGAACAAGAACGAUAUAGAGCAGAAGUUCAAUAUCAAGCUGUUCGUGAUCAUUUUAGACGGCUACGAGCUUUUAAAUUACAACAAAUGAAAGUAAUUCAAUUAUUACCAGCAUCUGAAGUAGAAAAAUAUCUUGAAACGUCUCGUCUCCAGAGUGCUACAAAAAUUCAAGCGUUUGUACGCGGAAAUUUACAACGAAAAAAAUUUAAUCAAACAGGUCAUCGACAACUAGUUCGUGAACGAGCUGCACGAUUAAUUCAACGUUAUUAUCGUCAAUACCAACAACGACAACAAUAUGAGUUAGAUAAAAGAAUGCAACGUUUAGAAUUUAUUAAACCAACUAUUCUAACCGAAGCGAAACGUGAAGAAUUAUUAGAACAAAUUGAACAAUGGAGACAUGAACGUGCACCAAAAGCGAUGUCAAAUGAAGAAUUUCAUGCAUUACAUAAUCGUACACAAAAUGUUUUAAGUAGUUAUGUGUCAACAAAUCGAGCAUGGAGAAAAGUAGAACAACGGCAACGUUCUGUUUUACUCAUGAUGAACAACGAUACAGAUCUAUUAAUGACAAGUUUUCCAAAAAUACAAAAUUUAUUAAAAUCAGACACACCAUCUGAUCAGAAUUUAACUACGAUGUCUUCAUGGCUCACUCAUCCAUCAAAACCCGUUCGUCAUAGAGCGAGAGAAGAUCAUAUCAAAGCAAUGAGAUAUUCUCGAGCACCGUGGUAUAAAUCAUUGUAUAUGUAUGAAGAUGGCGAAGAUUUAUAUGAGAAAAUGGACGAAAUGGAUGAGUUUGAUCGAAAUGAUAUUUUAAAUAAUCCGUACAGAUACGACUAUGAAAAACGUAAAUUUGUACAAUUUAAUACACCCCGUUCGCAAAUACAACGAAUACAACGGAUAAAAAACAAUUAA